CUAGCUGUUUCAUUCAUAAUACGUACAAUAAACUUGAUAGACAUGUUUCGGGGAGAAGUUAAGAACUCACUUAACUAUUUUUGAGCCAUCUAUCAACAUCUCAGGAUAUCACACUGGGCCAAGAGCUCAACUGCUGGUCAAAACUGUACAAGUGAACAAGACAUUAACAACUUUACGCCAUCAAGAUGUCAAACACGGGAGGUCGCAGACUGAAGCAGUGGCUGAUGGAGCAGAUCCAGAGCGGGCAGUACUCCGGACUGCAGUGGGAGGAUGAAAGCCGCACUUUGUUCCGAAUUCCUUGGAAACACGCAGGGAAACAGGAUUACAACCAAGAAGUGGACGCAUCCAUUUUCAAGGCCUGGGCUGUGUUUAAAGGCAAGUUCAAGGAAGGGGACAAGGCUGAGCCUGCAACAUGGAAGACCAGACUCCGCUGUGCUCUGAAUAAAAGCCCUGACUUUGAGGAGGUGACAGAAAGGUCACAGUUGGACAUCUCUGAGCCCUAUAAAGUCUACCGUAUUGUACCUGAGGAAGAGCAGAAAAAUGGCAAAACCUCAGUGAUGGCCUUGACAGCUACCACAAGCUCUGGUGAUAUCACUGACAUGGACUGCAGCCCUGCUGAAUUAGAGGAGCUCAUUAAAGAGGAGGAAGGCUGUAGUAUCCAGGCCAGUCCAGAGUACUGGUCCCAGGGCAGCAUCAAUGCAUUCCCACUGCAUCAGGAGCCUUUGCCAUCAGGCACUCUCAGCUCAGCUUUCUCCCAAAUGAUGAUCAGUUUCUACUAUGGAGGGAAGCUCAUGCACAGCACAGUGGUUAAUCAUUCUGAAGGCUGCCGAAUCUCCCCACAACAGCAUCUGGGCCGUGGUGCCCUAUACAGUUCAGACAGCAUGCAGAGUGUUCAUUUCCCCCCUGCUGAGCUCAUUGAGUAUGACCGCCAGCGCCAUGUCACGCGCAAGCUACUGGGUCACCUAGAGAGAGGUGUACUGGUCCGUGCCAACCAAGAGGGAAUCUUCAUCAAAAGGCUGUGCCAGAGCCGUGUCUUCUGGAGCGGGCAGGGAGAAAUGGGUUCACAAUACAGCCCCAUGCCUUGUAAACUUGAUAGGGAUGCUGUAGUCAAGAUUUUUGACACAGGAAGGUUUCUUCAAGCUCUACAGCUAUACCAGGAGGGUCAGUUUCCUGCUCCUGAUCCGACAGUGACUCUGUGUUUUGGAGAAGAGCUCCAUGAACUCAGCAAUGCCAAGAGCAAACUGAUCAUUGUGCAGAUCAGUGUGGUGAACUGCCAGCACCUGUUGGACGCAGUGAACGUGCGGCGCUCCCAGCCCUACUGCAACAACCCAACCCUGGAGAUGUCUGACAGUGGGGCUACUGACCAGAUGGCCCGCAUCUACCAGGACUUGUGCAGCUACAGCGGCCCCCAGAGGCCAGCCUGCUACAGGGACAACAUGCCCAUCACUGCCUGAACUAUGAGCAGUGACAUACUUGCGAGGAGCUUCUCGGCUUGUACCAGACUGAACGUACAACAUAUUAGGGAUCAUAUAACAGUUAGUUUCGACUUUUUAAAUUUAUACCAAUCACAGUGGAGACAUAAAGAUAAGGAGGAGUAAAUCUCUUACAGUAAGACUUUAAAGCUGCAGCUCAAUAUUAGGAUGUCCCUAAUAUUUUAUAUAUCAGUAAUGUUUAUGUCUUUAUGUACAGUGCUAACGUGAACUCUGUGUCUAACCUCUGCUUUAUUAUUUCAAGAGUGUGUAACACUUGAGCACAAGUCAAGUACCUUCACACGUUUUCCUUAUAUAUAUUUCUUUUAAGACUCAAAGCUUAAUGGAUUGUCUGACAAAGUUUGAUAUUUCUAAGCAAUUUAGUUCUCAAAUCUUAUUUUUUUGUAGUUGAGUUGCUUCCUUAUGUGACGACUGUUUAGACAAACAGACCAAAUGGAUAUAUUGUCAGAUUUAUUUUAAUUAUUUUUUACAGUAAACAAAAAAUCUUUAUAUGUUUUGAUGAAAAUUUUAUAUGCAAUGUGGCAUUAUAUUACAGAUAGGUUUUACUAUCAGACUGUUUUACUUGACCUUUUUUUCAUGUUUUUUAUAAACUGCACUCCCAGUAAAACAAAAUUUGUGGAACUGCA